GCGCUCAGAGAGAAGCUGAGACAACCAGACACAAACACACACGCACACUUUUGCUCUUUCACUCCCAUGCACUUCUUUCCUUUUGCCUGUAAGCACACAUGCACUCUAGGAGCCUGACAUCCAUGCAGUUGCACACAAAGACAACUGCAACGGAUCACUCUACAUCUGAAAAGAGAUCAUUUCUUUUCUCUUCUACAUCACAACAGUUUGGUAAGUAAAGACUACUCUGCCUCCCGGACUGAUAGGACACUUGGGGCAGAAGAAGCAACUGAGGACACAGGAAGAGGAAUCUAAAAGCACUACCAUUGACAAGAGAGCGGAAAAGGGUGACAAACAAAUAGCUUAUAGCAAAGAUCAACAGAGGAAGAUCAACUGCAGAGGAGGAGAAUGUCUUUCCUCUCUGGCUCACCCUGGCAGCAGCCUGGCAUCAUUAAUGGAAACAGUGGUUACGGACAGCCUUCCAGUGGGUAUCAGCAGCAGCAUCAACAGCAGCAGCACAAACCUCCUGGUGUUCUCUCCAGCGCCAACAUCUCAUCAGUCAUGCCCUCCUCUUCACUCUCACCCACUGGUCCAGCUGCACCCCAUCACGGUGACCUGCAUUGCCAAACCCAGAUGGUAUCAGGGGGGAGCGCUGCCACAGCACAGACAGGAUCAAGAAUAACUUCAGUGGAAGAGGAGGUGAAAUUAGGGCGAGGUGGCACUGAGGGGAAUUUAUCCGGGAUGAUAGCAACAGAAACGCAAAGCUUCACCACACCAUUGCUGAAUAUAGAGGAUGACUGGUCCAGACCCGAAAGGCCAAGGGAAGAUGCACAUAAGGUGGGAGGGGUUGGGAGUGUAUUAGGGAGUGCAGGGCAAAGCCCCAGCAGCCCCCUCUCAUCACAUUCCUCCCCAGUUUCAACAUCGCCCUCUCCUUCUCUCUCACCAGGGAGACUGUUUUCAAAUUCUGUCCUUGACCCUAAACCUUUUGGACAAAACAAUCUCCAGCAAAACAUGGAUGCGUUUCACCUUCAGGGAUCCCAAAAAGGUAUUCAAGGACACAUCUUUCCUCCGGCUUCUAACCAGGUGUCUGGGCAUCAGGAAAAAAUAUCAUUAAACCCAUCCAUCACCAGAGAUACAGCUUCAAGUGAAGCAGAAAGGAAGGAUGCAAAGAUGACAACUGGAAGCCUGUUGAAAGACGAUUCUAAUGCAAGUAAACCUGGAAGUAAAACACUCAAGCCAUACCUUGGAAAGUCGGCUUUAGAUGUGAAUACUCUUCCUUCGUCUGAGCUGAAAGAUUGCAAAGCUGGUAGCACUGCGGGGCCUACAACACAUGCACCUGCAUCCCAGUCUCCAUCCCACAAAGCUGCUGGUAAUGCUGUGCCGAGUGUUUCAGGAGGCAACAGGCUGGACAGAGAGAACUUAAGCCAUACUGACACAGAGAGAACAGGAAGAGACAAUGUAACUGAGAAAAAUGUUGUAAGUUCUGCCAUGGGGCAGGCUGUAAAGCCCUUUGAAAGUAUGGGGAAAGGACCUUUUGCUUCGUCAAACAGAGAAACCAAAACAGUUAAAGGUAAUGACGUUCCUCAGCGGACUGCAGUGAGACGUGCAAUGUCUGACUGUUCACAUUUGUCUGUUCCCAUGGUAAUGGCCGGGGCAUACCCUACAGGUAUGGCCAUCACACAAGUGAUGGCACCCCGAAUGCAAGAUUUCAUCCCAAUGGCAACACCUUGCCCAUCCAGAGCCCCUUACCCACAUGUUGCUGUCCGUCGAUCACUUACAGUCACAGAUGGGACUGAAGGCUCUAGUUCAAUGGCAACAAUGAUCUCAGCUCCUUUAAUGAUGUCACCUGUAGUCCCAUCAUCUCCUCCGCCUAAGAGACACCAUGGGAGCUGUGAGACCAAUGUUCUACUUCCUGUUCCAGCUCCUGUAGGGACACUGGCUAACAGCACCCAAGAUAGUAUCACAAAAGCAACCGUGAAAGCUGACAACAAGGAGAAGCUAGACAUUAACUCCAGCAAGACGGACAAGAUCAACAACUUGGACAAGAAGGAAGAGCAGCUAAAGAAGGACAACAACACCGACAAGAAUCAAAAGCAGGAGAUGAUCCUCAAAAAUGAGGAAAAGAUUGAUAAGCUGAACGACAAGGCUAAUGAGAAGCCAGAGAAGGUGGAUAAGCCAGAGAAGACCAACAAGGACGAAAAGAAGGAAGAGGAGAAGAAGCCGGCUGAGAAGAAGGAGGAGAAGGGAGGAAAAGGCACAGCCAAGUCUCCCACAGGGAACGGCAGCAAAACCGUUCCAAGCACAGACAGCAAGAGCAAGCUUGAUCCGGGUUCAACCAAACAAAAUUCAACCAAAUCACGUCCAUCUACCCUCUCCACCAAUGAUGUGGCCAACUCGGCCAAACGCCCGUCUCCUACUACAGCCAAUAAAAAAAGCCCCAUGCCCAAGGCGACCACACCCACAGCAGCAAAACGUCAGCCAACCACAGGCUCAACCAAGGCUGCCAAGACUCCAGAAAAUGGGGCAGAGAAACGCUCACCUGUUCCAAAAACCACAGCCCCUCCUCGUCAGGCUCCCAACAAGAAUGGCACCUCUGCAGCGACGGCUAAUAAAACUGCCGCCAACAAAAAUGAGAAGACUGAUAAUAAGACAGGGGAGACCAAGAAACCCAAAACUACAGCACGUCCUCGCCCAACAUCCACAGCCACUCCGGCUACCCCGUCUGCCUCCACCAAUGGUGAAGGUGCAUCCACCCAUCGCCGCCGUGUCAUCACAAAACCCCCUGUGCCCAAGCAGACCCCCCUGGAGAAGAAGCCCGCAGCUCCUCGCCCUCCCCGAACCCCCCGACCCAUCAAUGCUCCUACGCCAGACCUAAAGAAUGUGCGCUCCAAAAUUGGAUCCAUCGACAACAUCAAGUACCAGCCGGGCGGAGGGAAGGUCUCCUCCACCCUGAACAGCAAGACAUCAGACUCCUCCACCCCUGCCGCCAAGGCCAGAGUUCAGAUAGUGCACAAAAAGCUGGACUUCAGCCACAUCACCUCCCGCUGUGGCUCCAAGGACAAUAUCAAACAUGUCCCUGGAGGUGGCAAAGUGCAAAUCUUGAAUAGGAAGGUUGAUGUGAGCAAGGUGACCUCAAAAUGUGGCUCCAAGGACAACAUCAAAUACAAGCCAGGUGGUGGUGAUGUGAAGAUUGAGUCCCAUAAGGUCAACAUUAAGGCCAAGUCCAAGAUCGGAUCUUUGGACAACGUAGGGCCAGGCAGCGAACAGACAAACGGACACAAGGAGGAUAAAACAGGAGAGAAGACAUCUCCACCUGCAAGUGGUGCUCCACAGCAAACAACGGCACCAGCAGGCAUUGCUAAGGAGAAUGGCAUGAAAGAGCCAACAGCUUCUCCUUUAGGGGGAGGUGGACUAAAGGAGCCCCUUAGCAUAGACAAGUGCAUUACCGAGACAAACUGAGUCCCUGUGAGCUACAGAAAGUGGUGGAACGUGCAUGAUGCUCACUGACCUGCCAACCUACUGACCAACGAAAUAACCACCGUGCAGUCACUUCCCUCUGGUCCUGUCCUUCAAGUCACCCACUGCAGCAACAAUUGCUUCUCAGUGUUCCUCUGAGGUCUGCCUACCAGCGCCCUUCUACCAAUCCUUAACUUCGACCUCUCAAAGUUAUCUUACCAAGUCGUCCACUUGGUGUUUGUAGACACAUCUUUGUGUGGUUUCACCAGCUUGUUAUCUUCUUACCACAGAUAUACUCAACUUUACCCCGUUAAAAAAAAAAACAGCCUAACAACACAAAGCAGAGUCACCUAUUUCAAAUGUUC